UUAUGCUUAGGGUUGGGGCUGUAAAUGCAGCAACUAGCUACCAUCAUGCUAAAGAGUUAGCCACGAAGCAAAGCAGUUUACAUGUAUUUAUGGGCAUGAGCCUCACUUUACUUUAUGCGGUGUGUUUAAUGAUUACAGGUGGUGUAAUUGGACACAAUACUGUUUACAACAGCGUGAUUCCAGUAACAAGUGAAUGUGGAGGAUUUCAUAAACGUUGGCUAGGCUUGAGAGCAACUAGCUAGCUAACGACUGUUAGCUACCCAAAGCUAACUGUUUUGGCGAGCUACCUGCCAUAUUAUCUAUCCAUCUGCAAGAUAUCAGUCGACGUCUCGUCGUGGGACACUAAAAAGGGAAAACCAUGGAUAAGGCGGAUUUCUUAAAGGGUCUCCCCGUUUACAACAAGAGCAACUUCAGUCGGUUCCAUGCAGACUCUGUGUGUAAAGCAUCGAACCGAAGACCGUCCGUGUACCUCCCAACACGUGAGUACCCCUCAGAACAGAUUAUUGUCACAGAGAAAACCAAUAUCCUCCUGCGCUACCUUCAUCAUCACUGGGACAAAAAGAAUGCAGCGAAGAAGAGGGAACAGGAGCAAGGAGAGGGAGGGAGUCCAGCACCUCCACGCAAAAUCGCCAGGACAGAUAGCCAAGAGAUGAACGAGGACUCUUAGGAGUGUGUGUGUGUGUGUGUACGGAUGCGUGCAUCUGUGGAGGAAGCACACGGACAGGUCCACCAUGACAGACAUGAAGACAAACAAUCUGAGAAAGAGUCCGCCCUGGUCUGGGAAAGACUAAACAUUUUUUAUUUUUAGUUGUUACCUCCAGUGUCCAGUGUUGUUUUCAGCUUCACUACCCAGCCUUGGCCUCAUGGGGGCACUGCAACACCUUUCCACAGUUCGCUUCUGCAGACCCGAGUAUACAUUGUGAUUGUCAACUGCUGCCUGCCACAACCCAGCCACCACAACAGGGGAAGAAACUACCCCCACCUCCCAGACUUGUGUUAAUGUUCAAUAUGCAUUAUCUUCCAUGAUUCUGUUCUGAAUAUGUGUGUGUUUUGAAGUUUGUGCUGGCUUGUUUUACUGUACCAUUUUAGGAAUGGAUUCUUUAAUCUAUUGCCCCCUACUGGUCAAUCGGGAUAACAUAACAAGUGACUCAACAGCUUACUAGUUUAGUUUGAAUGUUUGCAGCUUUCUGCCAAUGUAUGCUGUUAAAAAGGGUAUUAUAGAAUGACAAGACAAAUUGUUUUUGUCACCAGGUGUUGACUACUCACUUUACCAGAAUUGUUUGGAAUUUGUUUACACUGCAAUCCAUGUACCCAUUAUGUAUGUUUGAAGAUCUCACCUUACCAGCACAACCAAGUGAUAGCAGAGGUAGAGCAAAGAAUGUCUAUGUCAAUAUGAGGGGUAGCGAGAGAAUGUUGUAUUCAGUAUGAAGACCUGUGUAAAUACUAUAGCCAGUGGCAGCUGUUAGAUAUUAAGAUCUAGGCUUUAUAUUUCUCUAAGGAAAAAUGACAUUGCAUAUUUGACUUGUCAAAUAAAUCUAUAUGUAGCUACAUA